UCGCGUGGCGAAUUCCGAUGACGUUUGGGAAGGUCUGUGUGGUUGUUUUUGUCAUCGGCUCCGAGUGAUCGACUCGCGGCUUCCGAUUCAAAUCGACACGGCGGCCGUUACUCUCGGCACUGGAAAUAGGCGCGGCCUGCCUCAGAGGAGGAGCGGCGGAGAGGGGGCCACCCGCUUGUCUUAUGUCUACAGCAAAGUUUUCCGUGUGCCCAUCCCUUCCCAAAGGCAGCUGUUUUAGGCCCAAGCUGCCGUGGUCUGCGAGGAGACGGCGGUAGUGGGGCAGCGGGAGGAGAGCGGUGUGAGCCUGUGUCUUGAGCAACUCGCCGAGAGAAAGCCGCCUGAUCUGGGGCACAGGACAACAGCCUUUUACGACAUGUCGUCGGCAGACAGCCUUAAGUCGCGUCUGAAAAAGCUCGAGGCAAUGGUCAGAGACCCGAAGUCUCCGAUUAACGCGGAGAGUUUGUUGGAUGGGCUAAAUGCUCUGGUUCAGGAUUUGGACUUCCCUGCUCUCAGGAAGAACAAAAACAUUGAAAAUUUUCUCAAUAGGUAUGACAAAGUAAUGGGUAAGGUUCGAGAAAUGCAAAUGAAAGUGGAGGACUAUGAGGUCGUAAAGGUGAUAGGACGUGGUGCAUUCGGUGAAGUUCAGCUGGUUCGACAUAAAGCAUCUCAAAAGGUGUAUGCAAUGAAGCUUUUAAGUAAAUUUGAAAUGAUCAAGCGAUCUGAUUCUGCAUUUUUCUGGGAGGAGCGAGAUAUCAUGGCCUUUGCAAACAGUGCCUGGGUUGUCCAGCUAUUUUAUGCCUUUCAAGAUGACAGGUAUCUCUACAUGGUUAUGGAAUAUAUGCCUGGUGGUGACCUUGUAAAUCUCAUGAGCAAUUAUGAUGUGCCUGAAAAAUGGGCCAAAUUCUACACUGCUGAAGUAGUGCUUGCCUUGGAUGGUAUUCACUCAAUGGGUUUUAUACAUAGAGAUGUUAAGCCUGAUAAUAUGCUGUUAGACAAACUAGGACACUUAAAGCUGGCAGAUUUUGGCACUUGCAUGAAAAUGGAUUCGAGUGGAAUGGUUCGAUGUGAUACAGCAGUUGGAACUCCUGAUUACAUUUCUCCUGAAGUACUAAAAUCACAGGGUGGAGAUGGUUAUUAUGGACGGGAAUGCGAUUGGUGGUCUGUAGGAGUUUUCUUAUAUGAAAUGUUGGUUGGUGAUACACCAUUUUAUGCAGAUUCCCUUGUGGGUACGUACAGUAAGAUUAUGGAUCACAAAAAUUCACUCAACUUUCCAGAUGAUGUUGAAAUCUCAAAGCACGCCAAAGAUCUCAUCUGUGCCUUCUUGACAGACAGGGAAGUUCGCUUAGGGAGAAAUGGAGUUGAAGAAAUCAAGCGUCACCCUUUCUUCAAAAAUGAUCAGUGGACAUGGGACACUAUUCGUGAGGCUGCAGCCCCUGUUGUGCCUGAAUUGAGUAGCGACAUAGACACAAGUAACUUUGAUGAUAUUGAAGAUGAUAAAGGAGAAGUAGAAACAUUUCCAACCCCAAAAGCUUUUGCUGGGAACCAGUUACCUUUUGUAGGAUUCACAUAUUUCAGAGAUAGCCAGCUGCUAAGUGACACGCCCGCAUCCUAUAAAGAAAAUGAGCCCAGUGUACCCAAUAAAAUUGAGUCUACAAAACUACAGAAGAAGAUACACCAGCUUGAAGAACAAUUAAGCAAUGAAAUGCAAGCCAAAGAUGAAAUGGAGCAAAAAUUUAGAACUACAAGCAGUCGUCUUGAAAAGAUAUCCAAAGAUUUGGAAGAUGAGAUAACAUGCAGGAAAGAUGUGGAAUCAGCUUUAAGGCAGUUGGAACGAGAAAAGGCACUUCUUCAGCACAAGAACGCAGAAUAUCAUCGUAAAGCUGAAAUGGAAGCGGAUAAAAAACGUGGCUUAGAAAAUGAGGUUAAUACUCUAAAGGAUCAACUGGAAGACCUGAAAAAACGGAAUCAGAACUCCCAAAUCUCAAAUGAGAAAAUGGCACAAUUGCAGAGACAGUUGGAUGAAGCUAAUGCCUUGCUAAGGACAGAAUCUGAAACAGCCGUGAGACUGCGAAAGAACCAAACAGAAUUGUCAAAACAAUUGGGACAACUAGAGACCAACAACAGGGAGUUGCAAGACAAAAAUGCUGCAUUGGAUAAUACUAAACUCAAACUUGAAAAGGACUACAUAAGUUUACAAUCAGCAUUAGAAGCUGAACGAAGAGAUCGAUCUCAUGGUUCGGAGAUUAUCAGUGACUUGCAAGGGCGGAUUUCAUCAAUUGGAGAUGAGCUGAAAAACACUAAGGGCAUAUUGUCCAAAACCGAGAUGGAGAAGAGACAACUACAAGAUAAACUAACAGACUUGGAAAAGGAAAAAAAUAACAUGGAAAUAGACAUGACAUACAAACAAAAAGUGUUGCAGCAGCAUCUAGAGCAGGAAGAAGCUGAGCACAAAGCUACAAAGGCACGGUUAGCAGACAAAAAUAAAAUCUAUGAGUCCAUAGAAGAAGCAAAAUCGGAAGCCAUGAAGGAAAUGGAAAAGAAGCUGCAGGAAGAGAGAAGUUCAAAACAGAAAGUUGAAAAUUGUCUUCUAGAAGCUGAAAAACAGUGUUCAAUGUAUGACUGUGAUAUUAAGCAAGCACAGCAAAAAAUAGAAGAACUGUUGAGUCAAAAAGAAAAGUUAACUGAGGAGGUCAAAAACUUGUCAUUGAAGAUAGAACAGGAGACUCAAAAACGUAGUUUAACUCAGAAUGACUUGAAGGUGCAGACACAACAAGUAAAUUCUCUGAAAAUGUCAGAGAAACAGCUGAAGCAGGAGAUAAAUCACUUGAUGGAGACUAAACUGAGUCUGGAAAAACAGAUAGGAGAACUGCGAAAAGAGCGCCAGGAUGCUGAUGGUCAAAUGAAAGAACUUCAGGACCAGUUGGAGGCAGAGCAGUAUUUUUCAACUUUGUACAAGACUCAAGUAAGGGAGCUGAAGGAAGAAUGUGAAGAGAAAAGCAAACUUUGUAAGGAUUUGCAACAAAAAAUGCAGGAGCUGCAGGAUGAGAGAGAUUCUUUGGCAGCACAGCUUGAGAUCACACUAACGAAAGCAGAUUCUGAACAGCUUGCACGCUCAAUUGCAGAGGAACAAUAUUCUGAUUUAGAGAAAGAAAAAAUUAUGAAGGAGCUUGAAAUUAAAGAGAUGAUGGCAAGGCACAAGCAGGAACUGGUGGAGAAGGAUGCUACUAUUGCAUCUCUGGAGGAGACCAAUAGAACACUGACAGCUGAUGUAGCAAAUCUUGCAAGUGAAAAGGAAGAACUUAACAACAAAGUGAAGGAGCUUCAGGACCAGGUUAACAAACUAAAAGAAGAAGAUGCAAAUCUAAUGAAUAUUAAAGUCCAGUACGACAAACAAUUGCUAAAUGAGAGGACACUCAAAACACAGGCUGUCAAUAAAUUAGCGGAAAUUAUGAAUCGUAAGGAUAUGAAGAGGGACCAUGGGAAGCGUGGAAAUGACACUGAUGUUCGUAAAAAAGAAAAAGAAAAUCGAAAACUGCAAUUGGAGCUAAGGUCAGAGCGGGAAAAAUUAACACAAAUGAUGAUCAAAUACCAGAAAGAGCUCAAUGAAAUGCAAGCGCAAAUUGCAGAAGAAAGUCAGGUGCGUAUUGAACUGCAGAUGGCAUUAGACAGCAAAGACAGUGAUAUUGAACAGCUUCGUUCACAGCUACAGCUAAUACAUGUGGGCCUAGAUACUACUAGUAUUGGUAGUGGUCCUGGUGAUGCAGAAGCAGAUGAUGGAUUUCCUGAAUCCAGACUGGAAGGCUGGCUUUCCUUGCCCAUGAGAAAUAACACAAAAAAAUUUCUGUGGCGGAAACAGUAUGUAGUUGUGAGCAGUAAAAAGAUCCUAUUUUAUGACAGCGAGCAAGACAAAGAAUUGUCUAAUCCUUCUAUGGUGUUGGAUAUUGACAAAUUGUUCCAUGUUCGGCAAGUUACACAGGGUGAUGUAUAUAGAGCAGAUGCCAAAGAGAUUCCCAGAAUAUUUCAGAUCCUGUAUGCUAAUGAGGGUGAAAGUAGAAAGGAACAAGAAUUCCCUGUGGAGCCUCCUGCCUUGGGAGAGAAGUCAAGCUACAUUCCUCACAAAGGACAUGAAUUUAUACCAACCCUCUACCAUUUCCCAACCAACUGUGAGGCUUGCCCAAAACCACUGUGGCAAAUGUUUAAACCCCCACCAGCUCUGGAGUGUCGCCGUUGCCAUAUCAAAUGCCACAAAGAUCACAUGGAUAAAAAAGAGGACCUUAUAGCACCAUGUAAAGUAAAUUAUGAUGUUUCCUCUGCAAAAGACCUGCUGUUAUUAGCUAAUUCAACAGAGGAACAACAGAAAUGGGUGAGUCGACUGGUGAAAAAGAUUCCAAAGAAGCCGCCUGCGCAUGACCCUAACUUCCACAGAUCUUCUCCUCGGUCCUCAAUGCGGGUUCCACCUAAUCAGUCCAUGAGACGCCCAAGCCGGCAACUUCCUGCAGCUAAGCCCAGUAAAGGUCACAGCACAGACUCCUACAGUACAUCACUGCUUACAAUCUUCCAAUUAAGAAAUACAACCACUACCAUCUGCCUCCUAUUGCCAAGCCAAUUCUGGACCCAGUUUGCCAAAGUACUUUUGGAUGCCAGCCCUACUGUAUGGGACCAAGUCUAAAGCCUUGCUAAUGUCCAGGUAUAUACCAUGUCUACUGCCUUUUUUUCCAUUAACUUUCUUAGUAAGCUUCUUUAAAAAAAAGCUCCAAUUUGUGAGGAUUUUCCAUGCACUAAACUAUUGCAAACUCUCCCUAAUCAGUACCUACUUUUCCAAGUGAUCAUAAAUACUAUUCUGAGAAAAAUUAUUUUGCCUGAAUAUCAGCUGAUUUUUAACUGCUCUUAAUUAUUGCUGUGUAUGCAUCUAGUACAUACGUGUCAGUGUGUGUUUUAUUACAAGCAUGUGAGUUACAGGUUUGUUUUAGUCUUCUCUGCACAUAUUAAGUGUUCAAUUGAUUUGUAGAGUUUUUAAAGGCAAUUGAGGAAAACUUCUUUUUGCUUUUCUGGAAGCGCCAUGCUGAUAAUUUGAGGGAAUGAGCCUCAUCCUCCGAUAGAUGAACCUACAAUAGACAAUUUCAUAUUUGGAGGAGCAAAAUUCAUAUUUAUAUCAUGUUUUAUUUUGGGUAUAACAUGGUUUCAUUAUGUCCCCAAAAUCCAUAAAAAUUGGGUAAAUGUUAAUUUCGCAAAUGAAAGAGAUGCUGAAGUUGUCCCCCAACAUCCACAUUAAUAUUGUACUGCUUCAGUGCAAUGAAAUAAAGCUGAAAGUCAUUAAUUUAUGUAAUUUGGCAGCUCACCAAUGUACAAAAUCAGUGUUCCAAUUUUACCUCACUUCAGUUACGUUCAGCAAUAUUUUGGUUGCGAUCAUGGACAAGUUAUUUAUCUAAUUUGACACAAAUUCUUAAUUUAUUUUCAUUUUUUUCCUAAAAAUCUUACUAUUUUUAUAGGAAAUACAAAUUGUGAUUUUUAUAAUAACUACCAUUUUCUGCUAUCUUUGAGGAGAUUGUGCUGAAUUUUGCUGAAUCUCAGUGAAUUUUAGCAGAAAUUCAUAAAUAUUCCAGUUUCUUUAUUAAGUUGGAAAUAUUCAAAUGGAGCACCAUGGACCCAUUGAGCUAAAUGACCUGCUUGCUCAAUGAAUAAUAUUUAUAAGGAGCUUCCCUAUAAUGUCAUUUAGGCAUAAUCAUUCUUUCUGUAGUCAAUUCUCAGUAUGUUUCUUCACAGAUAGAAUUGGCAUUAAUUGGCAUUAAAGAGCGUGAAUUCAGCAUUUUAAAAUUUUUACAAGGCAUUUGUUAACCAUUUUAUGAAUUAACAGUAUAAUUGCUCGCAUGAUGUAACUAUAUUUCUUCUGGGUAGAUGUGCCAUUUUUGUCCUCCUGACAAAAUUCAAUAUAAAAAAGACAUUAAGUCAAAUAGCAUCUACCAGAAGACAGUUGCCAAAGGCUUUUAGUAUUGUAGUCUUGUAUUAAAAGCAUGUUUUAAUUCCAUUAUCUUUU